CCGUUAGCUAAGGACUGUGUACUAAAGUGUACCGUUUUACAUUAAUGGUGUUUCAAACAUAUAUUAUAGGCAAAAUUAGACUCCAGUCAGAUUUUACCAGCAACACAUAGUUUACUUUUUUAUGACCAUGUUUGAGUGGAAUCACUUGCGAGUCACUGUGACUCACAAAGGAGCAUAAAAUGAUCACAAAUGUGCACAAAGUGAUAAAAUGAUCAUUUUAUCACUAGAGCCCUGCGGGAUUGAGUUUUUUCGACCCGAUCCCGCUCCCGUCUCAUAGGCAUAAUUACAAUCCCGUUAAAUCCCGAAAUUUUUUACAACGAAACGAGACAGUUUACAUAUUUACAACACAUACAUUAUGUGUUGAUACACCUGCGUCAAAACGAAAACCACUAGAUGAAAAUGAACAGCUAUUUGUAACAAUAAAAAAAUCUAAAAUUCAAAUUGAAAGUGAUGAUAUAGAUGACGAUUGA